GGACGCGCUUGUGUGUUGCAGCCUCGCCAGCCCCCAUGAAGUUUCGUGAUGCCUUGUCAUCAAUAAAUGCUCUUUCUUCGCCCAUCUUGCCCCUCAGUUCGCCCUCGCCCCAGUGUAGCCGUGCUGUUUUCGUGUGUUCACGCAUUUGUUGAUCGAAUUUUCCUGAUAUGGCUUCCAAAUGCCUUGUCGAGUUUCGUGACAAGAAAAUCGUUGUGAAUUUCGACGGAUCAUUGACGCGGCAGCAGCUUUUCGACAACCUACAGGCAUCCGGCGUUAUAGUGAACGUCGAUACAGCGCGGCUGAGACUUCGGGUGUAUGAUAAGGACUUCAGUACAUUUGUUGAUGUCACAGAUGACUUUGUGAUUAAAGACAAGUUUAAGGUGCAGCUACAUGAAGUGAGUGAAUACAGAAGCCACAUGUGAAGAACCGUCUCUAAAUGUGUGAAAUCACUACAUUACUUCAAGGCACUCAAUAUUGUAUUGAAACAAGAAUAUAGAGGCAUCCAGUGAAGAUGUAUGAAGAAAGGGCCAAAGCACUCGUGCGAAAAUUUCCAAACUUGGCUGACUACAUUAGAACAGGAUAUGAUUCUUGGAGAGAGGCCUUGCGCUUCAAAGGAAAAUAUGAGCGAAGACAGAUAUGGAUCCACCGCGGGGAAACAGUGCCUACCAAAAAGCAUCGCUCAGAUGGCACAUUGACAAUUUAUGAGCCAGUUCUAAGAAAGGUGACAAGACCAACCACUGGCGCAAUGAGUGUGGACAUCAAAGUAGAGCGGAGUAGCCCUCCAACUUUGCCACCUCCUGGCGCCAUGAGUGUUGACAUCAAGGUAGAGCAGAGUAGCCCUCCAAACUCUCCACCUCCUUGGUUGGAGUGCGUGAAUAUCAAGGAAGAGCCAAGCAGCCCUCCAACCACGCCACCUUGUGAACAUGCUGACCCAAAUGAAGGAGUAACUGAGGCAGCACUUGGCGACAGCAGCACUGAAGCUUCAAGCGACAUCAUUGAUUCAAGGAUUUCUGGAAGUGCUACAGGAUCUUCACCAAUGAAGCCCGAGACAACUGCUGGCAGCUGGUUUGAGUGCGACAUUUGUGAGCAGCGCUACACAAGCAAGGGAAAUUUGAGAAGGCAUCAGAGUGUGCACAAAAGGAAGAAAGAGCACAGUUGCUUACUCUGCGGCAAGAAAUUUACUCUGAAGUCGUACCUCAUUACACACGAGCGCGUCCACACGGGUGAGAAGCUCUACACUUGCCACAUCUGUGGCAAGAAGUUUCCCUACCAAUCAGCUCUCACUAUUCACAAGGCUGUUCAUACGGAUGAGAAGCCAUACUCCUGUUCAGUGUGUGGUCGCAAGUUUGCUUACAAGUGUAGUCUUCAGGCACACAAGGUCAUUCACAUGGAAGAAAACCCCCACACUUGCCUCAUCUGUGGCAAGAAGUUUGCCCAGAAGUCUAAUCUCGAAGUGCACAAGGCCGUUCAUAUGGAUGAGAAACCGUAUUCCUGCUCAGUCUGCGGUCGCAGGUUUGGUUUCAAGCAUAGUCUCCUAGCACACGAGCUUAUCCACAAGGACGAUAACCCGUACCGUUGCUUCAUUUGUGGACAAAAUUUCAUGCAGAAAUCAAGUCUCAUUAAGCACGAGCGAGUGCAUACGGCUAAAAUGCCAUAUGCCUGUAAAACAUGCCCAUCCAAAUUCUGCAAGAAGGCAUCUUUGAGUAGACACAUGCAACUGCAUGCAGCUGGAGUAGAAAUGUUCCACUGCACAGAGUGUGGCAAAACCUUUGAGCGGAUCAAAACAUUGCGGAACCAUCUGAAGUGGCACAAGAUGGACAAGCCACACCUCUGCCACCUCUGUCCAUCGAGAUUCACACAGAAACGUAAUCUGUAUUAUCAUGUGAUGAUGCACAAAGGUGAGAAGCCACACACAUGUCCUAUUUGCAAGAAACUGUUCUCAAGGACUGAACAUCUCAAAGUGCACAUGCGCCGGAUGCACUCUGGUGUCAACACCACCUUAGCGAGCACAGACAGCAUGGUGAAGAUUCCUUUGUCAAGUAGCCCUUCGACCAAGGUGCCUUCUGAGCAUGCAGAUGCGAAUGGAGAAGGAGUAGCUGAAGCAGCAUGUGGCGGCAGCAGCACUGAAAUCUGGAGAGACAACAUGGAUUCAGAAUAACCCGCCAAUAGGGCAUUAUGGCGAUUGACUGCUGACGCGAAAGCCGCGGGAUCAAAUCCCAGCCCCGAUGGUCGCAUUUCGACGGAGAAAAAAGACUAGAGGCCCGUACGCUUAUAUUUAGGUGCACUUUAAAGGGUGGGGGAAGGAGGGUGCUAUCACCUCUGUAAAGUUGUUUGCGCCUUGUGGCGCACCUGUUUCGCGCAUAGGCUGCAUUUCGGUUUCACAACUAUUGAGUGCUAGGUGGCGUUGUGCUUGCAACCGUUUCAGAGUUCAGUUCGGACUGGCACUGUGGAUGGACAUGUUUUUUGGGCGCUCCCGGUCGACUGCGCUGAUAAGUGGCUUUGCAUGUUUCAAGCUUUUAUAAUUAUUAAGGCAGAAGUUCAAACCUUGGUAGCAGUUAUUACAUUGUACGGCUUUUUCGGGGGUCAGUCAUCAGGUAUUCACUUGUUUGUGUGUAUGUGUUUUUUUCUUGCCGUCCCAUGGGAGAGGUGCGCGUACACCGAACAUGCAAAUUUUGUAGUAGAACUUAGACUUUCUUUUUUUCGUAGGGCAGGAUUCGUCAUACCCCGUGUUUUGUAAUUAUCGAGUGGGACAAUUUAUAAAGACAACUGGUGUCAAAAAGACAUGGUUAAAAAGGCUGUAAAGUGUUCAGGAUGUGAGGUGGGUUUGAAAAUAGAUGCAAGUCCAGACGCGAAUGGAGAGGAGGCUGACGCCAAGUGUAGGCAAGUGAGGCCGAGGAAAAAAUGGAGAAAAUGAUGGUUGCUCAAAGUGAACUGCAGAUGAGAAUCACCAAGCUGGUGACUGCAUUGGCGACAGCGCAAGAAAAAACGAAGGCUAUGGGAAAAAGGCUCAGGUCCGCCGAGAAGGCACUAGCGAAGGUGAACAAAGGAGCGGCCGACGGAGAGAACAGUAUGGCAUCGGCAGCCAGAACGGCAGAGAAGAAAGAGCAAGCAAGUUCGGAAAAAACAGGUUCAGCCGGUUCAAUGGUCGCAAGACCCAGCUUCAGCAAAGUAGUGGCGGUGUUGGGAGGGGACAAAGCAGCCGGCGUCACAGGUGCAAGUAACCUCCAGGUGCAGGACGCUCCAGCUGAAAAGUGACAGCAGGCGAUAAUCGCCGGGGACUCCAAUUUAAAUCGAUGCGUAGAAGCAAUGAAAGAGAGGGUAAGAGGUGACAAGAGGGUUGCAGUAGAGACGUUCCUAGGACGCAAACUCGAAGCAGUCAUCAGGCAAGCGAGCGCAAAACUCAAAACUGCAGCUGAUGUACGAAACCUCGUGAUAAUUGCAGGUGGUUUAAACGAUGCCCUGAAUAAAGAUACAGCAGGAUUAGUGACCACAGA